CUCGAUGCCUAUAAAACAAUGCCGGAUAAACCAUACGUGCUUCCCGGAAAGCCUGAUCAGAUGAUUCUGCCAGCACAUUUCAUUGAUGAGAUCAAAUCCCUACCUGAGAGCAAGGCUAGCUUUGCAAAGGAAAUCUUUACACGGUUUUUGGGUCAAUACACAACAAUUGGCACACAUGACCAAAUCUUGGUGAAUUCCGUGAAGAUGGACCUGACUCGGAAUAUUACAAAGUCUCUUCAGGGGCUACAAGAAGAGACCGCCUUUGCUUUCCCAGAAACAUUCGGUCCUUGCGAGCAUUGGACUCCCAUCCCAUUAUAUGCAAUGCUAUUAAGGGUUGUUGCGCUCCUUUCUGGAAGGGUUUUUGUUGGCCUUCCACUUUCCCGAAAUGAAGAAUGGAUCCAUGCAACAAUCAAUUAUACUGUGGACACAUUUGCUGCUAGAGAAAAAAUCGUCAAAUAUCCUUGGCUCAUACAGCCCAUUAUGGCGCCAUUUAUUCCAGAGGUGCAGGCCAUUAAAGGCCACCUGGCCACUGCUGGACGCUUGUUGAAGCCGAUAUUGAAAGAGCGGUUGAAAGCUAUGCAAAUGCCCGAUCAUCAACCGCCAGAAGAUAUGAUCCAAUUCAUCAUCAAGAAUUCCGGCACCAGAGCUGGCGACAUUGGUUAUCAAGCUUCUAUGCAGAUGCUUUUAAGCCUGGCAGCAAUCCACACUACAUCGAUGAAUCUUACUCAUGUGAUUUACGACCUUUGUGCUAGGCCAGAGUAUCUAGGGCCCUUGAGAGAGGAGCUAGGAAGCGUUUUGAAGCAGGAUGCAGGUAUUUUGGGGAAGUCCAGCAUGCCUAAAUUGCGAAAGAUGGAUAGUUUCCUGAAGGAGAGCCAGAGGAUGAAUCCUCCAAGCUGUGUAUCCAUGGAGCGAAUCGCAACAUCGAAACUCCUUAUGUCUAAUGGUCUCAAUAUCCCCAAGGGUACAUCACUUGCGUUUUGCUCCAAUGGUCCAAACAUGGACCCAUCAAUUGUCGACAAACCCGAAGAUUUCAAUGGAUUCCGCUGGUCGCAACUUCGUGAGAAACCUGGAAAUGAAACCAAGUACCAGUUUGUUACCACCGGUACGCAUUCUAUCAACUUCGGACAUGGGACGCAUGCCUGCCCUGGACGUUUCUUUGCCAGUAAUGAGAUCAAAGUGGCAUUGGCAUAUGUGAUCCAAAACUACGACUUUGAAUUCAGAAAUGGCGAUUCUAGACCGGCCAACAUCUAUCGUGGAACUGCGGUCAUGCCAGAUCCAACUAGGGUUGUCAUGUUUCGUAAAGUGCGCAUUCAUUAGCCAGGAGGGGGGGAAAGAAUGUCAUUGGCACCCAUGGCAGAGAGUGAAGGAAUGGGUCUGGCACCAUGGGGAACUUCGGGAUAUUUCAACAGCGCCC